GGAGGAGGAGGAGGAGAAGGCAGCGGGCGGGAUCCUAGGCGAGCGGAGCCGAUCUGGGGGCGGUGCGGCGGCGGCGGCGGCCCGAGAGAGCGCCCCGGAGCCGAAGGCAGGCAGCCCGUCCCAGGCUGGGGGGGCAGCAGGAGGAGGAGGAGGAGGAAGAGGCGGAGGGGGAGCUGCAGGCAGCCAUGCCCAGCGCCAUCUACCAGCUGGAUGGAGAAGCCUCCCGCUGCUGCCCCCCGCCUGGGUUGGGCGGGCUGCUGAACCCCCAGAUCGCGCAGCAGCCGGCUUGUUCCGGCAGCAGCUUCGCCCUGCCGGCCGGCCCGGAGCCGCCCAGCCUGGAGCCGCCCUCCCCGCCUCUCUUGCAAGAAGCCGAGGCGCCCCGAGACCCCGCGGCGGAGCUUUCCUUGGCCUUGGAGCAGCUUUCCAUCUUAGGGCUGGCGGCGGCGGAGGAGGAGGAGGAGGAAGAGGAAGGAGAAGAAGGCGGGAGAGAAGAAGCGGAGGAGGAGGCGGCGGCGGCCAAGGAGGAUGGAGGAGGAGGAGGAGGAGGAGGACCACGACCCGAGGGCGACCUGAUGGAGGCAGGUGAUCCAGGAGGGCUGGACCCCUUCAGCUACCACGGGGUGCCCCCCCUGGCAGCAGCGCCGCCCGCGGGUGGGGGCCUGGUCCUGCUGGACUCGGAUGGCAGCCCGCCUGCCUCCAACUCCGUCUCCCCCGUGGAGAUCCUCGGGGCCUUCCCGCCCCAUCUGGGACACCACCCUCCGCCACAGCACCCCCUGCUGGCCGGGCAGCUGGGCAUCAUUGGCAGCCGCAAGAAAAGUGUCAACAUGACUGAAUGCGUUUCGGUGCCCAGUUCGGAACAUGUGGCAGAAAUCGUGGGCCGUCAAGGCUGCAAGAUCAAAGCCCUGAGAGCAAAAACUAACACUUAUAUAAAAACACCAGUGAGAGGGGAGGAACCUGUUUUUAUUGUGACGGGGCGGAAAGAAGACGUGGAGAUGGCCAAGCGAGAGAUCCUCUCAGCCGCCGAGCACUUCUCCAUAAUCCGGGCCUCUCGCAACAAAGUCAGCGGCGUGGCUGGCUCCGUUCUGGGUCCUCCCAACCUCCCUGGGCAGACCACCAUUCAGGUGCGUGUCCCGUAUCGCGUGGUCGGGCUGGUGGUUGGCCCAAAGGGAGCCACCAUCAAGCGAAUCCAGCAACAGACGCACACCUACAUUGUGACCCCGAGUCGGGACAAGGAACCGGUCUUCGAGGUGACGGGCAUGCCGGAGAAUGUGGACCGGGCUCGGGAGGAGAUCGAAGCGCACAUCACCACGAGGACGGGCUCCUUCGUCGACAUCAACAUCAACAACGACUUUCAUUCCAACGGCACCGACGUCUGCCUCGACUUGAUGGGUGGCAAUCCGUCCAGCCUCUGGUCGAAAGCGCCUCACCCAGCCCGCCGGCCUUUACCCAGCUUACGCAAUGAUAGCCUUGGUUCCUCGGGUAGCGCCACCUCGGCCACGGAGCCUUACUUCGGGGGCCACGUGGCCGAAGCGCCCCCCACUGGCUCCUUCAUUUCCAGCAACAGCAGCUACUCUUUCAGCGAACCCCCAGCCCCUGGACUGGGCUCCGAUGACGGUGAUUUUGGGUUUGACUUCUUGGCCUUGGACCUCACCACGCCAACCACCAUCUGGUCCCCAUUUGAGACCCCCAACAGCCCACUCCAGGUCUUCAGCAAUUCUUCCACCUCCUCUAUGAAUGGCAGUGCCCAGAGACGCAACAGCGCGCUCAGCACCACUGCCACGCCUCGGCAUUCGCCAACCCUUCCAGAGCCUGGUGUGGCUCUGGAGCAUCCGUUGGCCCGGCGCAUCCAGAGCGAUCCAGCCAGUGCCCUGUCCUGGCUGCCGGCCCAAGGCUCCAUAUCAUCUUUCUCGAACAGCACUGACUACUCAUCCCCUUCACCUUUACCAAGCAGCAUUUCCGCCACUUCAGGCUCACCAACCGAUUCCAACAGUUCGGAAAGGGCUCGCAAGAAUUCCCGCGAGUGCAUGGUGUGUUUUGAGAGCGAAGUGAUUGCCGCCCUCGUGCCCUGUGGCCAUAACCUCUUCUGCAUGGAGUGUGCCAUGCGCAUCUGUGGCCGAGUUGAGCCAGAAUGCCCUGCCUGCCACGUGCCAGCCACACAAGCCAUCCAUAUUUUCUCAUAGCCACAGGGUGGGUGGGAUUCGUCAUUCAUUUCCUGCCCCCACAUACACACUUCCUUUCCCUCCAAAACAAACCAACAACAACAACAAAAAGAACACGGCUUUUUUCAAAUGUCUGAUUGUUUAUAUCAACUUUUUUUU